AGUUGCUUCAGUGCCGUAGCCGCAGGUAUAGUUCAGCGCCAGGUGACGCUAAAUAUUGGCCUUAUUCAUUUCCGUGGUGGACCGUUGGUGCCUCGACGCAGUGUAUGAAACGUCGAUAACACCACGAAGAAAGCAUUGGAGGAAAAUACGCAAAAAAAAGCCUCAAUGCUUAAUAAACAACAUUUCGUGGUUUACUAUAGUUUCGGUGGACGGAGAUUGCAGCGCAGCAUAACACCAGCACAUGUGUAGUGCUAGCACUAGAAAAGAAACUUUCAAGUUUUUCCAUGGUCACCAUUGCAUGAGUGAAGCUGCAUUGCAAUGUCUACACAUCAGUACCAGUCGAAGGACCCCAAACACAACAUGCUGCUGAAGUUAUACUCCACAUCGAUCCUCGUACUGGACAUUCUGCUUCUCUUCCUCAAAAUUGUGUACUCACUACUAGAAGGACUGUUUCGAACCAUCGUACCUCUUGCUGAAAAAUCCGUGGAGGGAGAAAUCGUGUUGGUGACCGGAGCCGGCCACGGCAUCGGCAAGGAGCUGGCGCUGCAGCUGGCGCAGCUGGGCGCCACCGUCGUGUGCUGGGACAUCAACGCAGACAACAACGAGCACACGUGCAGGGAGCUCGCGCGCAUGGGCUUCCGCGCGCGCGCCUUCGCGUGCGACGUGUCGAACCGGGAGCAAGUGAUGGAGGUGGCCAAGCGCGUGAGGACAGAGGUGGGGGAGGUGACAGUGGUUGUCAACAACGCCGGCAUCAUGCCUUGUCACCCGUUCCUGCAGCACAGGCCGGAAGAAAUCAGGAGGAUCUUCGACAUCAAUGUCAUGGCUCACUUCUGGGUGCUGGAGGCGUUCCUGCCGGCGAUGGUGGAGCGCAACAGCGGACACGUGGUCGCGCUGUCCUCGAUGGCUGGCGUGAUGGGCAUCCCCAAUCUGGUACCGUACUGCGCCUCCAAGUACGCAGUCCGCGGCCUCAUGGAGGCCUGCGCCGAGGAGCUGCGUGAGCACCCGCGCCAGCCUGACGUGCGCUUCACCACCGUCUGCCCCUUCAUCGUGGACACCGGCCUCUGCAAGAAGCCGCGCACAAGGUUUCCCAAUCUUCUUGCUUUUGUUCCACCAAAGAAAGCAGCACGUGAAAUAAUCCACGCAAUGAGAACAAACCAACAGGAAGUUUCUAUACCAAAAGGACUUAUCAAUCUAAAUCAUUUUCUCAGAUUGUUUCCAGCAAAAGCAAAUCAGCUUAUUAAAGAUUUUAUGGACAGUGGCGUUGAAUCAAUUGAUUAGAUUUGUUUAUUGUAGCACUGACAUGAUGUUCGGAGUGAUGGAUGUGAUUUGAGUAAUUGGUUGUUUCCAGCAACUCGGUGCUUAUGUUGACUUUAUCUUGUUGCUUAUUGGAAGCGUUAUCUACAAAUCAAAUUGUUACAAGGUUGUUUUUGUUAUGUAAAUUUUGUUUUGCUAUUGUUCGUAAAUUUCCUAACAUAAUUGACAAGUGUUUGGAAACCUUUUUUUUAAAUUGAAAUUUUAUACUUCGAUUAAAAAGAUUAUUAUUAUUGUGAUAUAACAUAAAUUGUUAAAAAUGACUAUGAACUGUAUGUGAAAAUUUAUUUUUUAUUAUUCUAAUGUAAAAAUACCUUUAUAUUUGUUUUGUUAAGUAUUAUUAAAUACACGUUUAUAAUCGUUCAGUAAAAUAUUGAUUUUUGUGAAUGCUGUAUAUAAAAUAAUAAUGUAGUAGAUUCUUGCAUGUGGUUGUGUGUGUACUCUUAGCCUACGUAAAAGGUUAUCGGAAAAAAAUACUAUUUUUAAUGAAACCUUAAGUGACUGCUUUCGUAAAAAUGUUAUUACUUUAAUAUCGUCUUAUAUGCUCUAUAAAUGUUUAAAAAGAAAAUUAAAAAAAUCUUGUAUUUAUAUACAUACCUACGUUAGAAGUUAUAAUAUGUUUUGUUUUACUGCACUAAAAUAUUUUUAAAUUAAUGCCAUACACAGUACAUUACUGUAUACUAUCGGACGGUUACCUUUAAAGUGACAAUGAAAUUAAAAGGUAGCGUAGCAUUUGUUAUAUAAAAGAGAACCAUAAAUUUGUAAAUAUUUUCAACCAUUUUCUUGGCUAGUAAUUUGUAAGUAGGUAUUGUUAACUUUGUGAUUAUUUCUUGACCUUAAAUGUUAACAAAUGUCAAGUCUUAUUUUCACGUCGAUACUACGGGUAUGUUACACAAUUUUCACAAAAGGGAAUAUAGGUCAAUAUGGGUAUAUGCAGCUACACGCGUGUCCGCCAUCUUUGACGAAUUCUUCUCGUGGGUAAAGCUGAAAAGUGCAUGCUCGUUGGAUAUCAACCUGGUAAAAUUCCUUUGCCUGGCGCGUGAAAAUUUCGUUUCGUACUUAAAUCUCACCCUGAACGUGUUUUUGCAUACUUUACAUUCAAAAUGUAUGUUCCAGUUUGAAAGACAAUGAAACAGUUCCUUCAUCUCGCGGGAGGCAAUGGUGAACCAUUGCAGAAUCAUCCUGCCUUGGCAAGCAAAUGGACGUCACUGCUGUUAUCGCCAUGGCGUUUUCUGUGUUCACGACACCCAGCAAUGAGUAAAACGACUCAUCAUCAAACAGUUAAACUGUUAAUCAUUCGAAUUUCACUGUGAAACUGUUACAUAGGUAUUGAAUUUAUAUGUAUUAUUUUUAAGUGUCUUAGUGAAAUAACACCGAUUUGGAGUAGUUUUAACUGUUUUAUAUUCUGAUUGCGAUCACUGUUAAAAUUGUAUCAUGUAUGAUUAUUCGUUGCAUAAUACAAAAGUUUUCUUUUUUUC